AUGUCCAGCUCUCAGCAGCUCUCAACUGUGUGGGACUCACACAUACCCAGACCAGAUGCUGAUUUGGAGACUCGCCUCCGAUGUGUUCUUCUUGACUUCUUCUACCCAUUGCCUCCAACUCCUAUCCAAGGACCUUUCUUCACAAUGAGUUUUAAACUCUGUGUCUUGAUCCAAAUGCUUGCGUCCGAAUUCCCUGAAUAUUUUCUUGAUACGGAACCUCACGUCCACAGUAUUCGAUUCUCCAUCGAAACGUCUCUCGGGAGAGCUGAUCGCGACCUACAGCUCGAUGUUCCAAUGUUCUGUAUCAUUGAGGCAAAAGCUACCGCCAUGAGGGCGAAAUAUACGAUACUUGAAGGCCUCAACUCAGGGAUACUUUUCUCCAUUCAAGCCAGCAUUGUGGUCAUGUGGCCAGCAUGUGUCAAUGUUGCAUUCCCAGUAGGAUGGGGCUGGGAUUCGAUUGUUAGUAUCUUGAAGCAUGAAGGAGGGAGCAAAUAUGACCAGGUUGGAGAGGAACGAUCGGCAUUCAUGUAUGACAAUAACUUGAAUCCAGGUUAA